GACAGCUGUUGGACCGCGAGCUGAGAUGACUCAUCUGUGGCUCAGUGCAGCUUCAAUAAAACAACAACAGAACUAGAAAAAGCAAGACGUCAACAUCCUGAAGGACACAGAGCUCAACAGACAGCAGAUGUGAAGAUGGCAUUAGCCAGCGGUCACUGGCUGGAGAAGGAGAUGAGGGGAGAGGCCCCGAGUCCCAGGCAGGGCCACGCGUUAGCUGUGGCAGGAAACGUCGCCUUUCUGUUCGGAGGAUCCUCCAGCAUGAGUCAGGAGGAGGACAUCAUUGUUUACUUCAAUGACUUCUACAUGCUAACAGUUUCUCCUGAUGAUGUCAUGUGGGAGGAGAUUCCUCAGAGCGGAGACGUUCCCUCAGCCAGAGAAGGACACACUCUUUGUGUUGUGAAAGGGAAGCUGUAUCUGUUUGGAGGAGCGUCCAGCCCUGACGCCACUGAGUGUCUCCCAGGAGUCUACAGCUUUGAUAUAGUGUCUCUGACCUGGGAGGGCCUAGCAGUCGGAGGUGUGGCCCUCAGGACCCUCAGCCACAGCUCUGUUGCCGUAGGAGACAACAUCUACGUGUACGGAGGCAGUCUGGGAGGGAAUCCAUCUGAUGAUCUCUUGGUCUUCAACACAGUGUCUCUCACCUGGACACCGGUAAAAACCAGCGGCUCUCUGCCUCCUGCGCUGUUUGGUCAGAGUUUUGCUCUGGUCGGAGAUCAGGUGUUCAUGUUUGGAGGAUGUGAGGCAGGUGGAGACUUCUGUAAAGACUUGCAUGUCCUCAACACAGAGAGCUUGGUUUGGCAGAAAUGGGAGGUGAAGGGAGAAUCACCUGCAGCCUGCAGCGGACAAACACUGACUGCACACCAUGAUAAAGAUAUCUACCUGUUUGGGGGCAAAAGCACGAAUGAGGACGGCACGGUGACGUCAUCCAAUGAAAUCCAUAAACUCAGCAUCUCUAAGAUGAAGUGGAAGGUUCCUCUGUACGUCGGGAUUCCUCCGGCUCGACGACACGGACACACCGCCUUCAUCCUCCACAGCCACCUGUACGUGUUCGGAGGAAAGAAUGAAGAGCAGGAGUUUAAUGACCUGAAGGUGAUGAAACUCAUCAACCCCUCAGAGAGACAACCAGUGAUGAAGGAGAUUUUGUCGGAGUUUGGUCUGCAGGGAGUCAGCCACAGCUUCACUCCCACAAAGGUUCCCAAUGUUCGCUACGAGCUGAGCGACUCGGCUGCGUUCAGCCAGCCCAGGGGCCCCGCAGCUAAUGCUCAGGUGUUUGUCCACAGAGACUUCAGUGCAGUGCGAGAUCAGGCCAUGAAAAUGAUCCAGACAGCUUUCGCUCUGCUCGACCAGGAGUUCCUCAAACUGGACCGAGAGAAGUCAGAGUUGUCUCAAGCUGCUGCUGCUCUGCAAAGAGACAAAGAAGCUCAUGAAGCCUGCAGACAACAACAGCAGCAGGAGCUGCAGGAGAUGCUGGACCGACAUCGCUCUCAAAAUGAGGCGUGGCUCCGAGCGAGAGCCGAGGAGAACGACCGAGAGAGGAGGGAGCUCUGCAGGCUCAGAGAGGAGGUGCUGCAGGAGCAGGAGCGGCUGAAGGAGGAGCAGAGCAGCAUCCAGAAACGCAGCGAACAUCUUCUGUCCAUCAUGCAGCAGUUCAAAGGAAUGUGAGAUAGAAGGAUAGAUGGAUGGAGACGGACAUGAUCUUCUUGUUUUUCAUCUUUGUUCCACUUUGAACGUUACGUGUUAUGUUGUGUUCACACUGGGCGCGAAUAAAGGUUAAGUCAAUGUAACACGUGAUUAGACAUGAAUUCCCACCAGGCGGCGUAAUGGACACGAUGGACACGAAAUAUGUGAAUUAAGUGGCUGAAAUAAAGCAGGUAGCUCGAUUUCGCUCCAUAUGCUGGAAAAAUCUGAACUCCAGCUACCAAAUCACAACACAAUAGCCAAUCAGCAUUGAGAGUCUCUGGGGACAUAUGACGCCGAGGACGUACUGGUGGAAGUCCAUUGAUUGAUUUAGGGAUUUCAAACACGUAUGACCCGAGUUAUUCGUGCGUAUGAAGCGAGUCAACACAAAAUUGCCUCGCAUUUGGUGUGAACACAACAUUUAACUUUCUUACAACAAAAAUAUGUUGCAAAAAAGAAUGUGAAAAGUUUGCGUCUCGUAUUGUUGAGAGCACAACAGCUGAUUGUAGCGUUGUCAUAGCUGAGCAUCAUUUGACUCUUAAUUUAAAUGUGAGAAUUUCAUA